CCAGCUGCCACUAUUGAAACUUCAUCGUGUCAUCAAAUUCUUUGAAGAUGAGUACUUUUGAUACUUUCAUAAGUUUUAGAGGCGAAGAUACUCGUAACACGUUCACCGGACAUUUGUACAAGGCGCUGGUUGAUUUUGGAAUAUCGACUUUUAUGGACGACAAGAAACUCUUGAUUGGAGAUAGUCUUAGUGAAGAUCUUAUUGGAGCUAUAGAAAAAUCAGGGUCUUUCAUUGUUGUUUUAUCAGAGAACUAUGCUUCUUCAAAGUGGUGCUUGAGAGAAUUGGUGAAGAUAAUUGGUUGUAUGGUGGAACAAAAGCGUCGAGUUCUUCCUGUAUUUUACCACGUGAGUCCUCAUGAUGUUCGACAUCAAUCAGGGUGUUUCAAGAAAAGCUUUUGUGAAUAUGAAGAAAUUCUUCAAGAGCUCAACGAUAGGGAAGGAGAUAAAUAUACGAAGGAGGUUCAAGAAUGGAGGAGUGCGUUGACAAAAGUUGGCGAGCUCACUGGAGUAGUUGUAACAAAAGAUAGGUGAUGUACCUAUUCAGUUUUGAUUUUUUUGUUGUUGCUAGUUCUACAAUAGUAAUUAGAAUAUAAUGAUAAUCAUAGACAAAGGACGGCCAUAUAUGAUAGACUACUAUCACUAUCUAUCACAUAUAGAUACUAGUAGUUGUGAUAUAUAUAAAUACAUUUUGGUAUCUAUCAUUAGA